ACCAGAAACUAGUUGCGUACGCAAAUACGCUGAUUCUGGUCGAAGGUUGAGUGUUUACGUUGUGCAAUGUCGUGAUAAUCAACGCAGUAUUUUUCACAGCUGAACAGCUGAGAAUAGUUGAGUAGCCGACGCUGACGCAGUAAUUUGCCAGAAGUUCUAUUAGAUUUCUUCUUCAUUUGAGAUAAUAUACAAGUGCUAACUUGUAGUACAGUUUACGAUGGACGAAAGCGAGAAAUUAUCUAAAAGCGAAACAAUUCGCCUUCGGAAAAAAUUCAUCGCGUAAUAAAGACUCGUUAUUCCCAGUGCACUACUACAGUUGUGCAUGCAUUCUUCAGCCAUCUUGCAAGCUGUUUUUCAAAGCUGACCCACUUAAAAUAAUUUCUGCUAAAGGUCAAUAUAUGUUCAAUGAGAAAGGAGAUAAAUAUUUAGAUUGCAUCAAUAAUGUAACUCAUGUGGGACACAGCCAUCCAAAAAUUGCUGAGGUGGCAUUCAAACAGCUCAAAACAUUGAAUACAAACUCUAGGUUUCUCCAUGAUAAUCUUGUCCUGUAUGCUGAGAGGUUGACAAGUCUAUUACCUUCUCCACUUAGUGUCUGUUUUUUUGUUAAUUCUGGAUCAGAAGCUAAUGACCUAGCUCUGAGACUUGCUAGAACACAUACAAAACGCAAAGAAGUAAUUGUGUUAGAUCAUGCUUAUCAUGGCCAUGUUAUAUCCCUGAUUGAUGUUAGCCCAUACAAGUUUGAUCAUCCUGGAGGUGAAGGAAAGCCUGACUGGGUCCAUGUUGCUCCAGUGCCAGAUGUCUAUGGUGGGAAAUAUAGAGACAAUGAACAUUCAGCUGAAGAACUUGUUCAGUUGUAUACAGAUGAAGUUCAAAAACUGAUUGAUCUAUCUGCAGCAAAUGGCAAAGGAAUCAGUUGUUUUAUUGCUGAGUCACUGCAAAGUUGUGGUGGUCAAAUUAUUUUACCUCCUGAUUAUCUCCGAAGAGUGUAUAAAAGCGUUAGGGAGGCUGGAGGUGUGUGCAUUGCCGACGAAGUCCAAGUUGGUUUCGGUAGAGUUGGGACCCACUGGUGGGCAUUCCAGCUGCAAGGAGAAGAUGUUAUACCUGAUAUUGUCACGAUGGGUAAACCAAUGGGAAAUGGACACCCGAUUGCUGCUGUCAUCACCACUAAGGAAAUAGCGGACAGCUUUUCCGCCACCGGAAUGGAGUACUUUAAUACCUAUGGCGGUAAUCCUGUGAGUUGUGCCAUCGGUAAUGCAGUAUUGGAUAUUAUUGAAGAGGAGAAAUUACGUGACAAUGCAACUGUGGUCGGCAAUCAUUUACUGAUUGGCCUAAAAGAGUUGAAAGAGAAACAUUCCAUAAUAGGUGAUGUCAGAGGAGUUGGUAUGUUUAUUGGAAUUGAUCUGGUUAAAGACCGUGUGACCCGUGAUCCUGCCACAGUCGAGGCCCAACAUAUCAUCACACGAUUGAAACAACAGCUCAUCCUUUUCAGUGCUGAUGGACCUAACCGAAAUGUACUGAAAUUCAAACCCCCGAUGGUUCUUUCUCUGAAAGAUGCUGACCAUCUUCUGACAACUCUGGAUUCUAUUCUUAAUGAAAUCAAAGCUGCAAACUGAAAUAGUACAACUCAACCCUUUAUAAAAGCCUGUGCAACCGUUAUGGAAGUGGAUUUUUUUUUUUCUUUAUUUCAAAUACCGUUUUGCAGUGUUGUCAAAAUCUAUUGAGAUUUAAAUCGCAAAUGAUUUAAAUCGCGGUUUAAAUCAUUUUUUGGGGAUUUUGAUAUAAAUCGUUUAUAAAAUUU